UCGUCGAGCGGAUCGUCCUCGAAAGAGACUCGGCCGGUGAAGAAAAGAGCCGUAUUAGGUCAGUAGCGUUCGGGUGUUCGCCCUCGCUGGAAAGAAGAAUAAUAAUAAGAAGAAUCCAGCCCUCUCCGUCCUCUUCGUUCUCGUUUCUCUCGCUUCUUUCGUUUCUCUCGGUUGGGUUAGGCUUGCCCCGAGUGACUCUCCGGGGUAACGGCAUCUCCGGCCCUCCUCUUCCUCCUCGCAGCCUCCGACUCCUUUCCCCGUUCUUCGUCGUCGACUUGGUCCGCGACUUUGCCUCCGAAUACUCUUAGCAUUCACCGACAACGUACGCUUCCCCUCCUCCUGCUUCUUCCUCCGCUGUUCCUUCUUUUCGCGCUUGCACGUAACUUUAGCAUAGACCAAGCAAAAGUUGUUACAUUCGCGAUAAAAAUAUUUCCUAUUAAUCGAUCAUUGACGUUACAGUCGUCCUUGGCCAUGCUUAUAGACCGAGAUUGUAAAUUUUCGCCUUUAAAGAAAUCAAGUUGGUCGUUGUCAAAAAGAGCUGCUAAAGAAAUCAUUUUUGUCAGUGUUGCAUCUAUGCGAUUUACUUUUGUUCCCGUAUCACUACGGCGUUGCGGAAAAUGCAUAUAAGAUUUUUUACUUUCAUCGAACGGUUGAAAGUUCGCGUACGGUGGCGUUAUUUUUCGUUCCGAAUAGAAAGCGUAGGACGGGAGGAAGUUGGACGAGAGCAGAUUCCGAAACGGCACGAAACGAAACGAUUUACGCGAAACGAGCGGUGUUACGCGAUCUCUGUUGCAUCGAGCACCGGACACGAAUCGUUACGUCGAACGUUUGGUCGUUCCAGCGAUGCUCGGCAAGAUCGCUGCUAGCCGAUAACGAAGCGAAGCGGUUGCCCCGCCACCGGAACGCCUAUGAAUAAGUCGUUUUCCUCGCGUAACGCAUCCUCGGACACGAUCCUUCCUUCGUUUUUCCGCGGUGCUUCUCCCGCGUACGAUCCUCCGGUACGCGAAAACUUGCUAUCUCGGUUCGACGAGUCCGCCGAAGUAGGAAACCGGAUCGAACGGUCGGCGUUCGUUGUUCGUGAUCCUUGGUCCGUUCUUCCUGCGUCUCCCGUUUUUAGCCACGUUCCUUUUUUUUGUAACGAAAGAGGAAAGCCCGAAGCCUCGGGCUUUAACACGCUAGAACGAUUACGCCGACGCGGCAGGCCGCCCCGGUACACCCGUGGGAAGAUCACCGGCAAGAUUUCGAUCGACUUCGACCCUCUCGACUCGUUUCUACGAUUUUUCCGUGCGGACGUCGCGUCUACGUCGAACGCGCACGCCACGCCGGGACGUCGAUCGAGGAAGGGUUAGGUACAUACUUUCGUUAGACGAGCGCGAAAACAGCCAGACGAGAACGAACGAGAGCGAGAGAGAAGUUGGGAGUAGGAGGACGGAGAGGAGGUCUGGGACGGUACGGGACGGUACGAGCCAGGAACGUGGUGGGAGGAGGACUUCCGGUGCUCAGGGCCGUAGCUCGCCCUCAGCGUUUAUUCCCGAGUCCCUUUCUCCGUCCCCGAGCCAGCACAAAGGACCGUGCAGCGAUCCUCUCGAGAAGCAACGGGGGCACGACCUUCUUCACCGCUGAGAGAGAACGUCGCUAAACGGCCUGCUCGUAAAGAAUCCUUCUUUCCAGAUGACGCUCUCUAGUUUCCUAGAAGCGAAUCUCGUAUACUACGAGUCGAGUUCGGACGUGGCCCUACCGCGAUACGCUGGGCCGUUUAAAACCUCCGAUUACGAGAUUUAAACACCCGAAUCGGGUGCGCCGGCCUACCUGUAGAUGAGACUGCAAUUUAUCAAAUAUUUGUACGAUCGCGACGAAAUCGGUGACACCGUUCUUCGAUGGCUCUGCAUCCGAUAGUUCGAGACGAAAAUAUUUUUCAACCCGUCUCGAAAGUCGUAAAACGUACCGAGUGAACCGUCGCGUCGCUUCGGCUCGACGAAGCAACAAGUUUCUCGGCGAAACGACGGGAGCACCGUCCCAUGAAACUUCUAGAGCUCCGCGCAAACGCUUUUUAACUUGGUUAACUUCUGUUUCGCACGUUUGCUCGCCGUUCGUGCGAGCGACGGAGAAAGAGAAUCUGCGCGUUACGUAGCCGAGCGAGAGAUACGAGACGGUACGCUCGUAAAUUAUAGCCGACGAGAAACGCGUCUGUUACCGAAGCGGCGUCGGUGUAGCGUUAUUCGUAAUCAGAGUUCGAAAAGUAUUUGCACGCGAGAAUAAUCGAUUCCUUUCGAUCGCCGCGAUCUAGCUUUUCCUGGCCGUUCUUGAAAGAUUUCAAAAGUUCUCUUCGAGUCAAAACUUGAACACCCGUGUAUAACGCCAAUAUCGCAAUUCCUCGAACCGGGUCACGCAGAAGCGUUUGAUUGUGCCCGUUAAGAAUCGUUGUGUGACGUUUUGAAAUAUUUAAAUCGAGUGGAUUUAAUUUGCAUCGGUUAACGAGACGAUUAAGGUUACACCGUGAAGAUAUAGUCAGAAGUCUUCCAGGUAUAAAUUAUCGUUGUUUCGGAAGUCGAACAUUAUAAAACUAUCGGAAGGCGACAGGUCGGGUUUUCUGCGUCGCUCGGAUUCUCGGUUGGAGUCGCAAAGGAAGGAAGCGAAUCGAGUUUUCGAUUCGCAAAACUAACCGCGUUUCCGUGGACGGUAAUUGGAUCGUUUCAAGGAUCGACGCGAUCAAGAGGACGCGAUUUCGAUGGGACGUUUCUCCGUAAAAAAUAAUCGUAGCGGCGAAACGAGGGUAACGACCGAAAGCCUGGAGUCUCGGACAAGUUACGCUCACCGUGCUUCGGACUCGUUGCGUGGACGGCUGCCAACUUCUCCUCACGAUUCUCGAUUCCAUCGCGAAGGGUCAACGAUCGAACGCGUCGCGUCUCGUGUCGGAAAUCCGUCCGAAAUCGAUCGAUCGGAAGCGGACCGAGCACUCAGCUUCCUUUCGACUCGUUCAACGAUGCUUCGUCCCGUUCGAAGAUCGAAAGCUUUGCUCGAACCGGAAGAGAGAAACACAGGUGGGCAGCGCGUGGGAUAACCGAUCGAUGCCGGUCACGACUUGACUCCAAAAAGAGACGCGGAACCGGGGCGAAGUUAAGACGGGUUUCGGUAUUACCGAAAUCUGUGCCCGCGUAUUUAUAGUUGAACCGUUAAAAAGCACGUAUCCGAGCACCGCGGUGGUCGGCAGAACCGCGCUACGGGACCGGUCUCUUAAUCUUCUCUCGAAAUAAACACCCUCCGCGUUCGUGCCGGAGCCCGUACUCGCCCUCGUAUUCUUACCCGUAGUCUGCUGUUCUUCGACCUAUCUCGAAUAUCCCCUUCCGCCGUUCUCUCGUUCCGUAUAUCGUUUGCUAAAGGAAUUUUUAACACGAAACGCACGGUGGUCCAAACGAGAGCCAGUUAUCGCGUUACCGUUCGCGCUCUAGAUCGCGAACGAUAGAACACGCGAGGACAUGUACGGAAUGUCGGCUGCUCAUUCGACGCUGAGCAGCAAAUUCUCGAAUGUAUUUAUAAAAAUUGCAUGUACAACAAUUACGUAAUAACAAUAUCGAAUAGGACAGUGACCGAUAAGAAACAAGUCGAUCGAUUCUUAUUAGGAUCGAGACGAAAUCGUGCAGCAAACCGAACGAAACAAAGAGUAAUCGAAAACGAAAUCGAAGGCGUAGCGGUCGCGACACGCGUUAGGACCUCCUGCAGAGAGAACGGAACGGGGAAAAAGCGCGCGAGUCAAGGAUCGCUUCGAUCGUCGCAUGUGCUCCUACGCUCGUUGCUCGAGUCGAUUAAUAAAUAUGCUAAUGUUCCGAGACGAGCGUCAGAUUUAAUCGAAGCCGUUUCCCGUUAAACUUUGGAUCUCGGAGACGCGACGCGAAGCUUCUCGCGCUUCCGUCGCUACGUAGGCAUUCGUAGGUGAAAGUCGAAGCGAGCUCGGCAUUUUGUAACGUUGAUCUAGCUCUCGAAAUCGUAUCGUUCGAGCACGAACUUGUACACCGCGCGUUAAAACCUCCUGGUAGGUUGAAAAGUAUUACGAGGGAGCGCGAUGCGUCGACGUCGAGAUAAGCGCGAUCCGAAUAAAAAAUACUGGGCCUCUCUAGCGUCCCCUUUAAAACUUCUCGCUCAGAUAACGCCAGUUGCGUCGUAACAGUACUUCUCCUGCUGGGACCUUCUGGAAAAUGUAUAAAUUAACGAGAGAAAUAAUGGAACUUUAAUCAUAAAUAUCUAGAAAAUCUGUCGCUACAAUGUAUUCGUAAACGGGAGAGCUAGAUUAAUCCGACGUUCGAGAAUCGUCGUGAUCGAUAGUCCAUCGUUCGAACGAAAAUGGACGAGCUCGAAGGUGCUCGAAUUCGCGGAUCUUCGAUAACGAGAGAGCUCCGCGAUACCUGUCGAUGUUUGACCGACCAGUCGUAUCGAUGUUUUGACUUUUGAGCAGCCAACUCUGUCAGGGACGAAAAUGCGGCGAAGAGAUAGCGAGCAAGGUAUAACGGCGUUCUUUGUGCGUUAUCUUUGGCCGGUUUGUUUCUUUUCGCUCCAGCACCGCGCUACGAUCCCACGCGUAAAUGUCGCCGACAAAGCUUAUCCGUUUACGAUCGGCCCGAAACGGGCAAGGGUCGCUGCCCUACGCAACGAUCUUUUAUCCACGGCCGCGGCGUAACCUAGAAACUCGAAUUUUCUCCGAUUCGAUCGGGACGUUUGAACGUUCAGGAUCGGCCUCGGUAACGAGCGGGGCAACGAGUUGCGAGAGUCGCGGCGAGUUCGAAGCGAAGCGUAAUCGCGAGAAAUCUCGAGCGGCGCUUAACGUCGACUCGAUAAUUAUUUUCGCUCGAUAGAUCGCUGCAGCAGCGUUUCGAUCCCUCCUCGACGGUGGUGUGCAUACGAAGAAAAAGGAAGUCGUUGACCCGAUACGUCAGCCUUGCGUAACGAGCGCUUUACACGCGUGACCCGUAAACUAAUCGUACGGUCGAACGAAAAGAAAGAAAAAUACGCGUUCGAACGCAUCUAAAUGCGAACGAACGCGACACUUUUCCACGCGUCCGUCGCGAUCGGUCGUGACCCGUGCUCCCGAUCAACGUCGUUCGAUACCUUUCGACCGAUUCGGUCUUUCGUCUACCGAUUCGAGAGUUGUCGCGAACCAUUUCGACGGAAUUCACGUUUCUCGUAAAAUUUCUCGUUGUUCCACCGCCGAGACGAAACUCAUUCCUUCACCGUUUUAUCUGUCACCGUGAAUGCCGCCGUUGUACGAAGAGGAAUCGAUCGAUUCUAUCGAAACAGUCGGCCGAUUCAGUGGCAAUCUGGAACAAAGUCGGUAGCCCUUCUUCCAUUGGCAAAUACGCGUUUCGAGCUCCAUCCGAUAAGCCGCGAUUACCGACGAUUAGCAACUGAGCGUCGGAGUUUCUCCUUUUCGUUAGCGUUUCCUACCACUUCGUUAAAGUUCGUCGUUAUCGAGAUCGCGAUCGAUAAAGGGCUCGGGAAGGGAUGAGACGGGGAGGGGAAGAGGGAACAGAAAGAACCCUUGGUCGAAACACGUCCGUGCAUGUUCGUACGCGGUAUAAAUUCGCUCGCUUAUUGUUAACUGUAGAUAUUCCGUUGUUCGCCGGCCAGUUUAGCGGCGAACACCGCGACGAGCGGUUCGAACGCGAGUUUUUCCGAUUCGAGACGUAAAAAACGAUGUCGAUGAAAAUCGCGAGCGGUUUCGUGGAGUUCUUGACGCGUCUCACGCCGUCUCCCAGAAAAAAGGAAACGAACACACGUCGUGGGAGGAACAGUAUCUUUUCCGACGGCGGACAGAAUGAAGAGAUGAUCGCGAGCCUACCGAUACACGGUGGAGGCGGCGGCGGCGGCAGUGGAGGGCCAAGCAACCGCGUGGGUCGUGGAUUGGCCCUUCACAGGUCCAAUUCCAGCCUGGAGCUUCCUCACAGCCCGGACCCCGGUUCUCGAGUGCCAGAGACUCCCCUGAGAAGGGAGUAUGGAUCUCACGGAAGCAUCGACGUGGUGGCUGCUCAAUCGGUAACGGUCGGCGAGAACUUGUUCGCGAUGCUUCAGGACCUGAGGCCGUCGUCGGAUCAGCGAAAUUCGGUCGGCGUGGAUUACUUGAGGCGCGUCCCGGACGGGCAGACGGUCGACGCGGACGAGGUUUGCGGACCAACCGGAGGCUCCAGUCCCAAGCUGCGACUGAAACUGAACAGACUGUGGGGCGCGAAACCGCCACGGGCCAUGGAGGAGAGCUGCGGCAGCCCCGUGCUGUCGGCCGACGUCGAGGAGAGGCACAGAAGACGAGCGUUCGCUCACUACGACUGCCAAUCUCUCACGGCGAAUCUCGGCUACGCGGCCAAACUGAGGGGCAUUCUGUUGGCCAGGAGAAGAAACACCGCGACCGGAGCGUCCGCCGCGAGCUCGUUCAGAGCUUCCACCCCCGACGAGACGCCCGAGGAAGACGUCGGCGACGGAAAAGGUAACGACCUGUUAGAGUCGUGUCCUUUCUUCCGAAACGAAACCGGAGGCGAAGGGGAACGGGAAGUGGGUCUGACUCGGUGCUCCCAAGGCAACGGAGUUCACAGACCGUUCCUGGCGUACGGCGUCGCGGUUUUGGAGCCUGCACCGGGAGAGACCACCUGGAAGUACGCUUGUCCGCUCCAGAAACGACCGCUUCCGAUCGAGAGCGUCGACGAAGGCGCGCACUAUUACAGGAGAUACUUUCUUGGCCGGGAACACCAAAACUGGUUCGGCAUGGACGAGCAAUUAGGUCCGGUCGCCAUCAGUAUUCGAAAAGACGCGAAUCAAUACAGGAUAAUAGUUCGCACUUCGGAACUGUUGACUCUGCGCGGUUCGGUGCCGGAAGAAGCUCUAGGAAUAAGGCCUCAGGGCAGACUGCCGACCAGAGAAUUGUUGGAACUGGUGGCGCCAGAGGUGCAAUUAGGCUGUCUCAGGUUGGGCACGUCCGCGGCCGAAGAGGCUCUGGCUAGACUGGACGAGCAGGGACUAUCCAAUAGGUACAAGGUCGGCGUUCUCUACUGCAGAUCCGGCCAAAGAACCGAGGAAGAGAUGUACAACAAUCAACACGCCGGUCCGGCUUUCCUCGAGUUCCUCGACGCUAUCGGCCAAAGAAUAAGACUGCGAGGAUUCGAGGGCUACAAGGCUGGUCUGGACACGAGAACCGACUCGACGGGCACUCACGCGGUCGCAGCGACGCAUCGAGGAGCGGAAGUAACGUUUCACGUGUCCACGAUGCUACCCUUCACACCGAACAACCGACAACAGCUGCUCAGGAAAAGGCACAUCGGAAACGACAUAGUCACGGUAGUUUUUCAGGAGCCCGGCGCGUUACCCUUCAGUCCGCGGCGGAUACGUUCGCAAUUUCAACACGUGUUCAUCGUGGUCAGAGCGAUUGAUCCUUGUUCCGACAAUACUCGAUACAGCGUGGCCGUGUCCAGGAGCAAAGAAGUGCCCGUUUUCGGACCACCUGUUCCGCCGGGUGCCAUAUUCGCCAAGGGCAAAGCUUUCGCCGAGUUUAUAUUGGCCAAAGUGAUCAAUGCCGAAAACGCUGCUCACAGAUCAGAGAAAUUUGCAACGAUGGCAACCAGGACCAGGCAAGAAUACUUGAAAGAUCUCGCCACGAAUUACUCGUCCACCACGGUCGUGGAUACGGGGCAGAAGUUUUCGAUGCUGCCGUUUAGCAGCAAAAAGAAGACGGCCGUACGUCCAAGAUUGUCUUGCGACGCUUCGCAGCGCGGCGCGAUAUGCUGGCAAGUGAUACUGGAGGACAGCAAUCAAAACACCGACUGUUACCUUGGAAUCAGCAUAGACACGGUCGUUUUGAUCGAGGAACAUUCCAGACAGAUCGUUUUUGUUACUCCGUGCGCGAGCGUGCUGGGAUGGCACGCCCAAACGAACAGUCUGAGACUCUACUACCAUCAAGGAGAAUGCAUCACGAUUCACGUGCGCGGCGAUUACGGAGACAGAGACGAACUGAUGGAAAUAGUUGCUCGGCUAAGAGCGGUGACUCAAGGCGCGCCUGCGACGGAAUUCUCUUUGAAGCGAAACAGCUUGGGACAAUUAGGUUUCCACGUGCAACCGGACGGAUUGGUGACACAGGUCGAAAGUAUGGGACUUUCCUGGCAAGCGGGAUUAAGGCAAGGCUCUAGGCUGGUCGAAAUUUGCAAAGUAGCCGUAUCGACUUUGAGUCACGAUCAGAUGGUUGAUCUGUUGAAAACGAGCGCGCAAGUCACCGUCACCGUCAUACCGCCCAAUAACGACGGUAAUCCUAGGAGAGGCUGUACGCUGCAAAACUGCCAGUAUUUAUCGAACAACUACGAGGGAGACUACGAGAACGUAACCAGUCCCGAUAAUACUCCGACUCAGCAAACGGCCAUGUCCCACCAAAGGAGAUACGAACGAUCUUUCAGUCCACCGAGAUCGAGCAACAGUUCCGGCUACGGAACCGGAUCUAGUUCCAGGUCGUUCAACGAUCCACGCUUUCCCAUGGAGGGCACGAUGACCAGCAGCAGCAGCGGACACAGCAGCACCGACGAUCGCUGGUACGAACUGUUGGAACCGCAAGAUCAAGAAAACGGACAUCGAACAGACGGCACUCCGCCACCGCCUCUUCCGGCCAGACAGUCCUAUCAAGUGGUCACUCCCAAAUCGUCUCAGAAAAAGGACAAGGAGUCCCACUACGCGACCAGCAAACAAUUCGCGGACAAUUCGAAACAUCACGGUCACGAUCAUUACGCGAAGGAGAGUAAUUACGUGUCCUCGAAAGCGAUACAGGAGAAUUAUCAGAGGCAACUGGAAAACGCUCAUCGAAACCAAGAGCACGUCGCGUCCAACUACGUGAAGCUUCAAAAGGAGAAGUACGAGACGAAGCAGGAAAACUUGUACGCGUCUCAGAGGGAGCUUCACAAAAACGAUAUGCAUCAUGUUGGUCAUCAGAAACUGAACGCGUCUAAUUCCUUGCCGUUGGCACAAAACGCGACCUACAGCCUUCCAAAGUCUAAUAGCAACAACAACCUCGGUAGAUGCAACGAGUACGAGCAACCAAAGUUCGAAUACGAAGGAAAGCCGGACAGGAGCUCGAAAUACGAAGUGCAGGACGAAAAGAUCAUGGACAGCAGAGCGGCUAACAAGUACGAACAAGACGUUCGAGUGCACGAUAAGCGGACAGCAAAUUACGAGUAUCCGGAAGAGGUGUACGAGAGAAGAAACAGCAAGUACGAGAUGGAAAUCGCGAAAUACGAGAUGGAGUGUCAACACGGAAUUAACGAAAGGAAACAUAACGUCGACAGCGGUGAGCAAACACGCGAAUCCGUUCGGUACGAAUUACCGCACGAGUUCAAAGUCGGUGAAAAGGUAACUUGCUUAAAGACGACCAUGUCCGAGAGGCCGGUGCCUCACAAGAUCAACGUCGAGUAUCGGCAGACGAAAGAUUUUACCGCCAGUUUGCCGCCAGAGGUGAGAAUUCCGGACGUGAAUGAAGCGACCACGCUACCGAGCGAGGACGAACUAUCGAACGGUUCCGGAAGCGUGUCGCCUCGAUUGAGAAGAGCGGGCAAACAUCGCGGUGGAAAUCUUACUCCGUCGAGCGGAAGCUCGAGGAAUCAGAGUCCCAGACCGAAACCGGGCGUUCGUAAUUCUCACAGGAAUUCCGCGAAUCUAACCUCCAGCACUCUUCAAGAGGAUCUCAUGAAGCUGAUCAAUCCCGACUACAUCACGGACGACGGUCAAUUGAACAACAACGCGACCGGCAACAUGAUGAUCACUCAAAAUCCCAACAAGAUCAACAACAAUAUGCUCGAGAUUCAAAACAGAUGCAGAUCGAGGGAAAAUUUGUGCGGCGGCAACGGUAACGCGCUCACCGUUUUGCCGGCCAGCAGACAAGAAAACGGAAACGGUGGAUCGGAAGUGAUACUCACGAUGGCCAGGCCGGCCACCGUCAUUUCCAACGCGAGCACCGCGUCCAGUCCCGCGCCGAGCGAGAACAAAUUAUCCAAGGAAGAAAGAUUAUCGCCGCGCGUUACCAAACCUCCUCAUUCGAUUUCCAAAGCAUCGACCAACCUGACGUCUAUCAAAGACGCGAAAAACCACGGUGACACGGACGUGGACUGUUGGCAAAAUCAUCACGUGGACGCUAGAUCGAAACAGCAUGCCCAAGACUGGUCCGACGACAGACUAAUCGAUGGCUGCAAUACCAUCGCAAAUUCCGUUUCGGAUCUACAGUCUCACCUGUCCACGCUGGAGUUGAGAAUAGCCAGAGAAACUCGUAGGAGGCUAUCCCUGGAAGACGAGGUACGCCGUCUGCGAGACGAGAAUCGUCGCCUACAGGACGAAAGUCACGCUGCCGCGCAACAGAUUCGACAAUUCACCGAAUGGUAUUUCCAAACGAUAGAUCACCAAUGAGCACAUCGUAAACGAUUCGAAAUGCGGUUCGUGAUCGCUUAUUCGAUCGUUCCGUACGAGCAGUAUUAAUUACCCGUUUCCUCGAGAGAUUAAUGCACGAAUCAAAGAUAAUUUAAAGAGAUCGAGCGCACGAUUCCGUUGCGCGAUAUUUUGUAUUAUAGACGCUUUGUAUUAGAUAGAAGUUGUAACGAUAUCGCGUAAGUUACCAUCGUGACACGUUCCGUGCACAAGUUGACGGCGAUUCGUGUGUAAGUUCGAGAAAAAGAAUAUACGUAGAUGAUAGUAACCGAGUAAAUUGUUCAUUCGAGGAAACAUUGUUUCGUUAACGACGCGACUACGUCUCACUUUGAAACGACCAAAUAUUGCUAGUUGUUUAAGGAUCACUUUACUUCGUCCGUAAUUUAUUACGUUUUUUUGUAUAAUUCAUCAGGGUAUCGCUGAACGAAACGCGAAGGAUAUUAACUCCUCGAGGCUUUCGUUCGUCCGUUACAAUAAACGAUCGAUUUCCUCUUGUAAGAUAUCCGCGCGUUGUCCAUCGAACACUGUACGUCGAUAAGAGACGACAAUAAAUGGAAACAAAAAAAAACAUGCACAUCUGAAACGAAACGUUUACAUUUUAUUCGAGCCGAUAAACCAAAAAAGCGAUUUCAAUGGACUCGUUGGGUAGGUAUCGUCGAAAUGAUAUCGUGCCAUCGAUUAGAAUAAAAUAGUUUAUUAUAAUCCACAGAAAAAAACAAGACAUUCUCGUGACGCCUGAAAACUCACUAUUCUGCAUCGAUUAACAAUAGCGUUUAGCUGCGAUUACGCUCUUUCCUGAUCGAGACCAACGGAAACCCACAUUCGCGUAUCAUGUCAGAUCGUCGAGGUGAGCAAUACCAGAGUAUUUGACCAUGUAAUCUACGGUAAAAUUCUUUUACGAUAAUUUGCUCUUUAAAUAGUAAUGUAACAGAUUUUUGUCUUCAUGUAUAUAUAUAUCUAUAAGUGUGUAUAUAUAUAUAUAUAUGUAUAUGCAUAUGUAUAUACGCAUAAUCGGAAUACCCGUGUCAACGGAGAAAACUUAAGAUCGCUCUCACGUAAUACUCUACCACCACGUAAAGGUGCAACAAUCAUCGCACGACGAAGCGACGAAUCGUAACCCGGUUCGAUGUGAUCCGUGGCCAACGUCGUGAAUCCUUCGUCCCGUUUACGAAGUUUCUACGAUCCGGUGAUACUGCGUGCACGCGUACUUUGCUUAACCCUCGAACUGGGACAGGUCAUCGUGGAUAUUUUAACUUUCAUAAUGUUUCGUGUUAUAAAUUAUUAUUCGAGUCUACCGUCAAAGAUCCGACUACCUCUGUUAAUUCGUCCGAAGGUUAAUAAUCAAUAAAUACGAGCAAAAUAUUGCCUCGAAUCGAAAUACGUCGAUAUUCCGUUUAACGCGCUUCGUACCAUAGACUCCGUCUAAAUAAAUAUAAAUUAAAGGCACCGAUCCUGAACGGUUGAGAUUUGAGCGCGAAACUAACCGGAACGAAGGCAAAAGGAAGUUAAAAUUUUUAAGAUCUAAACCUGUCACGAAUUUCACGAAACGUGUUUCGUAUUUCUUCUUCCGCUAAAAAUCAAUCGCAGAAUUUAUCUUGAACUUUGCGGAUUUGAAACCGAAAAAAUGACGCGUCCAUAAAGAGGCCAACGGAGGAACGGACGCGUGACGCAAUUAUUUUGCUCGUUGUCCGCGACGUAGUAUCACCGGGAUCGAAAUAUUCGUUCGAUUAUUAUUUUCACCAGUUUUGUUCGCAUCUUAAGUACAUCGAGAAGGUAUGCGUGGCAAAUGUAAUCAGCUCAACGCGUUCGUACGUUUCAACUUGGUUUUUAUUCUAUUAGCGUCCUCUCGUUGCGCGUCUAACGAAAUACAUGUAUGCCCUGUGUGCGAGUAGAUCAUUUUCGGAAAGAUUCUCUUGCGCAUCGUCGACGACGAGAAACUGCUCGGAUCUUUCGUAUCGACCAAUGCUUCUCUUUUUUUUCAUUUUAUCAUUUUUUUAACGAGCUAAUUUAAUCCUUACAACCUUAACUAGGAAUUUCGCGUAUCACGCUACUUGAACGUUUAAACGAGAACUUCCCCUCGCACGAGUACGCCGGGGAGAAGCGCGAGCACCGAGCACUGGAAGUUACGCGCGGAGUUUCUCGUUUUCGACGCGGAAUCCGCGGAAAAUUCGCACGAGUGUUUGCGGUGGGUACCGCGAGGAAAACCAGCGAUAGGACGCGGCGGAAUAGUAGAGCGACGAGGCGUCCUCGACGUUAUGGCACGAAAGGCGAAGGUAUCGCUUUACCGGUGUACGCGAACAAAGCUUACGUUUCUCUCCUCUUCGCGGAGAAGCGGCUGAAAAGUUUGGCGGUAACGGAAUUUUUCUUCGAGUAGCCACGACGAGUCGAAAUUUCUGCUUUCUCGCGAAAACGUGCGAUGUUCGGAAGAGUCGUAACGAAGAGAAGAGAACCGACGUUGCCCUCUCUCCUCCUCGUUCGAAAGCGAACUCGUCGUGCAGCUAUCGUAGAAUCUCUGUUGAACCGUUCGAGAACGCGUCGUUGAAACGAGAAAGAAGCAAGCGGUUAAUUGCAACGAGGAGAAGAAAAACGAUAUCGUUCGACGAUUCGUUAACGAGACGAGGCACAAAAGUUUCGAGACGCGUGGGACAAAACGGACAGGGACAGCGGAGGUUGAUGCUGCGUGUGUCUACAAGCGUAACAGUGUACAAGAUGUUCGAUCGAUUUCUCCAAACGGGAAUCGAAAAUCAACCGUGCGUUUAACCGGCAAACGAGUCGAACGAGGACGAGAAGACCGAUGAAAAACAUCGUUAUACGCUUCGCGUGGGUUGAUCGCCGGCACACAUUUUGACCUUUCGCCUCUUUCGUGCUCGAUCACUUUACCAAUCCAUUCCAUUCUUUCCCGUUCUUCUAUUCGCUGCGCAACUUUCCGAAAUUCGUGAUCGCGUUCACCACUCGGAGAUCGAGAAAUGAUCUCGAUGCCGAGCACGCUUCUGCCACGAAAAUUGAUUCCGAGUACGCGAUCAGAUCGAAACGGAUAUCGCGCAAACUUUGAUCCCUAUGAACGCUCGAAUAUUACGAAUAAUAAUAUAUCGGAGAGUAGUACACACCUCUGCGCCGUAGCUAAUACAAAAAUACUGUUCUGUUGCACCAUUUUCUUUUCCUACUAUUCCUAUUAUUUUACGCAUAAUAAUCCCUGUAGUCUUUUAAAAACGCUCCUUCAUCGCUGUCAAGGGAAACGAAAGGGGAAAACGAAAAAAUACUGAAUACGGCAUGUAAAAAAGAAAAAAACAAAGAUCACGAUAAGAGUUAUCAUUUUUCUCCCUUUUUCUCUUUAACGACAAAUAUUUCACAAAAUUCAACGAGAACGUACAAAAUCGGACGUGACCGAUUCGACGACGAUCUCGACGCACGAUAGAUCUCCGUUUAUUUCGAACGAGGCGGUUCGAGCAACGGGGACACUCCGGAUAUUAGGAACAACGAACCGAUUUGUCCCUCUAACGACGUUUCGCGAUAAUUUUCUGUAAAAUUUCGGUAGGGUAAAUGGAAUUCUAUCGUGGCUCGAGAAGGUGGUCGGACGGAAAAAAGAAGAAGC